AUGUCGUUUACAAGACUAAAGCAAAAGCCGCUCAUAUUGAUUACAAGCAUAUUAGCUCUGUGUGGCUGGAUCAUAGCAUUUGGUGGUGCGUGCAUGCUCAAAGUGCUAAAUGGUGCAUGGUGGGUCAUGAUAUAUCAACUCUGCAUUACGCUGGGACAUUGGAUGGUGUUCAUGUCAGGCACAGUGCCACAGUACAGAAUGGCUAUGAUGGCAUUUUUAGCUUCCAGUAUCCCACUAUUGACGAUUCAAGUGGAUUAUGUGAUCCAAUACACUAAAUCCAACAUACCAAAGAUCCCAGCCACAGCCUAUGUGUCUGGAUACAUCAUCUUGCUGACAGUGCAGUACAUGUGGAUUCUUGUGCUGGGUAGUGAUAAAUCGACCUUUUUUGGCAGACUGGGCCAUGUAGAGCAAGCACCACUAUCACAUCACCACCAAGAGCACGCAGCACAAGGCUUUGAACCAGAAUUUUACUCUGAAAAGCUAAACAAUGAAUCUAAACAAUCGCAGCCCAACAGUGCCACAUUAAACAGAGCUCUUUAUCCUCUCAAUUCUACCACUUCGGUAAAUACCAUUGCAGCCAUCCAAAAACCUUCUUUGGGCCCCAUUGAGUACACAGAAAAGGUGCAAGCACUUCAUGCAUACAAUGCCAGUGCGCAGGAUCCAAACGAACUGAGCUUUGAAAAGGGGGAAAUACUAGAGAUUGUGGAUAGAAAGGGCAAUUGGUGGCAAGCACGCAAAAACAAUGGUGCCAUUGGCAUCAUUCCUAGCAACUAUUUUGCUCAACAUUGA